UUUUAUGAAAGUCAUCAAAAGCGGCAAGAAAGAAAAGCGAUUUCGUCUGCGCCUCGUCCAUUAUUUCUCUCGUUCUGCGUGCAAGGAGCGGUAGUAUUUUCAGUGAAAAGUUCUCCACAGAAGAAGCACCGAUAAAAAGCGAUAGCACCAUGGUGAACAUCACGUCCGCCGCCGGCAUCAUCUGCCUGCUGGACGAGCCCGUCGUCGAGCUGAAGGUGUUUGCCCUCAGCAAACUCAACAUGAUAGUGGACGAGUUCUGGCCGGAAAUCUCGGAGGCGGCCGAAAAGAUCGAGAUGCUGCACGAGGACAAAGGCUUCUCGCACCACGAGCUGGCGGCCCUGGUGGCCUCGAAGGUGUACUACCAUCUCGGUUCGUUCGAGGAUUCGCUGACGUACGCGCUGGGAGCGGGCGAUCUGUUCGACGUGAAUGCGCGCACCGAGUACGUGGACACGAUCAUCGCCAAGUGCAUCGACCACUACACGCAGCUGCGGGUGCAGGCCGUGGAGGCACAGGAAGCGAACCUCGCCCCGAAACCGAUCGAUGCUCGUCUGGAAGCGAUCGUCAACCGGAUGAUCCAGCGCUGUCUCGACGAUGGCCAGUACAAGCAGGCACUCGGUAUUGCGCUCGAAACGCGACGCAUGGACAUCGUGGAAGCGUCGAUUAUGAAGGCGGACGAUGUGCCCGGUAUGCUGGCGUACGCGUUCCAGGUGACGAUGGGCUUCAUCCAGAAUCGUGCCUUCCGCAACACCGUACUCCGGUGUUUGGUGGGUCUGUACCGUAACGCUGGCGUUCCCGACUACGUCAACAUGUGCCAGUGUUUGAUCUUCCUCGAGGAUCCACUCGCCGUCGCCGAAGUGCUCGAUGGACUGACGAAGGAUGGUGAUGCGGCGGUGCUGAUGGCAUACCAGAUUGCGUUCGAUCUGUACGAAUCCGCCACCCAGCAGUACCUUGGACAAGUGCUUCAAGCCCUCAAAGCAACGGCCCCCAUCCCCUCCGCUCUUACUUCCAACUUUAAACCGCAAGGAACCGCUGCUGCAGCGGCCGGCUCUGUCGAGGUGAAGCAAGAACCAAAAGAAGAGGAAGAACAGCCAUUGGUGGAGCAGCAACAGCAGCAGCAGAAAAUCGAACGCACGCUGGACAGUUUGAACGAGGCGGAAAAGGUUCACCAAAAGAACAUCGAAAAGCUGGCCAGCAUCCUAUCGGGUGAGGUGUCGAUCGAGCUGCAGUUACAGUUCCUUAUCCGCAGCAAUCACGCCGAUCUGCAAAUUCUGCGUGCGACCAAGGAAGCGGUCCGUGUCUCCAUCUGCCACACUGCCACCGUGAUCGCGAACGCGUUCAUGCACAGUGGCACCACGAGCGAUCAGUUCCUGCGCGACAAUCUCGAGUGGUUGGCUCGGGCCACCAAUUGGGCUAAACUGACGGCCACGGCAUCGCUCGGUGUUAUCCAUCGCGGACACGAAACGGAUUCGCUCGCUCUCAUGCAGAGCUAUCUGCCAAAGGAGAGUGGUCCCAGUUCCGGUUACUCCGAGGGUGGUGGUCUGUAUGCGCUCGGUCUGAUCCACGCCAAUCAUGGCGCAAACAUUAUCGAUUAUCUACUGCAGCAGCUGAAGGAUGCACAGAACGAGAACGUACGUCAUGGCGGUUGCCUGGGACUGGGUUUGGCCGCAAUGGGUACCCAUCGGCAGGAUGUGUACGAGCAGCUUAAAUUCAAUCUGUACCAGGAUGAUGCCGUUACGGGUGAAGCGGCCGGUAUUGCGAUGGGUAUGCUGAUGCUGGGCUCAAAGCAUGCCCAAGCGAUCGAGGAUAUGGUGUCGUACGCACAGGAAACGCAACACGAAAAGAUUCUGCGUGGAUUGGCCGUCGGUAUUUCGCUCACGAUGUACGCACGGCUCGAGGAAGCGGAUGCACUGGUGGCCUCGCUUUCGAACGAUAAGGAUCCUGUGCUGCGUCGCAGUGGAAUGUACACCCUAGCGAUGGCCUACUGUGGAACGGGUCAUAAUCAAGCGAUUCGCAAAUUGCUUCAUGUGGCCGUCAGCGAUGUGAAUGAUGAUGUGCGUCGUGCGGCCGUUACGGCGAUCGGAUUCAUUCUGUUCCGUUCACCGGAACAGUGUCCUUCCGUCGUCUCACUGCUGGCCGAGUCCUACAAUCCGCACGUCCGCUACGGUGCUGCCAUGGCACUUGGUAUUGCGUGCGCCGGAACGGGUUCGCGGGAAGCGAUCGCUUUGCUGGAACCGAUGGCCAAAUUUGAUCCGGUUAACUUUGUCCGCCAGGGUGCUCUGAUCGCUUCGGCCAUGAUACUGAUCCAGCAGACCGACCAAACCUGCCCGAAGGUAACGUUCUUCCGCCAGCUGUACACCCAGGUCAUCACGAACAAGCACGAGGACGUAAUGGCCAAGUACGGAGCGAUCCUCGCUCAGGGUAUCAUCGAUGCCGGUGGUCGUAACGUGACGGUUAGUUUGCAAUCACGUACCGGACACACGAACCUGCAGGCCGUUGUCGGUAUGCUGGUGUUCACGCAGUACUGGUACUGGUUCCCGUUGGCCCACUGUCUAUCGCUGGCCUUCACUCCGACCUGUCUGAUUGCGCUGAACUCGGAUCUAAAGAUGCCGAAGAUUGACCUCAAAUCGGCGGCCCGACCUUCCCUCUACGCCUACCCAGCACCGCUCGAGGAGAAGAAACGCGAAGAACGGGAAAAGGUAACCACAGCCGUCCUAUCGAUUGCGGCGCGUGCCAAACGCCGCGAAGGUGACAAGAAGAAGGAUGCUUCUGCAGCAGUGGCUGCGGCCGCUACCGGAGAGAGCAAGAUGGAAGUCGACGAAGAGCCGGCCGCGAAGGAGGAGAAACCGAAGGAGGACACGACGAAAGCGGCCGCAACGACGGCCAGUCCAGCCAAGGACGAUUCGAAGAAGAAGGCCACCGACAAAUCGGCCACCACCACCGCUGCUGCUGGUUCUCCUGCGCCCGCCACUGGAGAUGAAGCGACGGCAGCAGGAUCCUCUUCCACGGAUAAAGCGUCGGCGGCUGGUAGCGAUAAGAAGGUACCGAAGGAGCCGGAACCAAGCUUCGAGAUACUGUCCAAUCCGGCACGCGUCAUGCGCCAGCAGCUGAAGGUGAUUAGCAUUGCCGAGGGAACACCGUACACACCGCUCAAGGAGGUCACGAUCGGUGGAAUCGUCAUGAUGAAGCACACGUCCGGCGGGGAGCAGGUGUUGGUUGAACCGGUGGCCGCCUGUGGACCGAAGAACGACGAUCUAAAGGAACCGGAUGCGCCGGAACCGUUUGAAUAUGUCGAAGAUGAUGCUUAAACGUGCACAUUAUCACUAUCGCGUGUCGUGUUUGUAAUCAUUAAUCAUUUCGACUUCGAACUGAAACUAUAA